AGACCUCCCAAUCCACACAUUCUCGGCCUCAAAACCCGAGAAUAGGAAUGGGCGGACUCACCUUUGAACAAUGGCAACUCCUCGCAACUCAGAAGAAAGUCGAACGCAGAGCGAAAAUCCCCAAAGAAUGGAGGAUUCCACGGUCGCUGGUGAAGAAAUGGGACGAGGCGGAGAGUGUGAUUGAAUUUCCUGCGACUUCGGGUUUCUUCACGAAACGCGAAUUGAAAAUCACUGGAGCGACGGCGUCGGAUGUGGUGAAGAACGUUGCCGCAGGGAAAUGGUCGGCCGUGGAGGUCACCCGCGCGGUGUGCAAACGAGCGGCUGUGGCUCAGCAAUUGGUGAACUGCUUGACCGAGAUUUGCUUCGAAGACGCUCUCAUCCGAGCGCGAGAACUCGACGAACAUUUCGCGGCAGGCAAGCCUCUGGGACCUCUUCACGGGUUGCCGAUUAGUCUGAAAGACCAAUUCAACAUCCCAGGUCUCGACACGACUCUAGGCUACACCUCCCGCGUCCCCUCCUUACCCGCCUACCCCUCCCACCUCGUGGCCUCCCUCCUCUCCUCCGGCGCAAUCAUCUACGCCAAAACCAACAUCCCCACCACCAUCCUCUCCGGCGAAACCUCCAACAAAAUCUUCGGCACGACCCUCCACCCUCUCAACCGCUCCUGGACGCCCGGCGGCUCAUCCGGAGGCGAAUCCGCCCUCGUCGCCUUCGGCGGAAGUCAUCUCGGCGUGGGCACAGACAUAGGCGGCUCCAUUCGCCACCCGUGUCUCCUCACCGGUCUCUACGGUCUCCGACCUUCCCACGGCCGCAUCCCCAUGCGCGGCGUAGAAGCCACCAUGCGCGGCCAGGAAGCCGUGCGCUCCGUCGCGGGUCCCAUGUGUCGCUCCGCAGCCGACGUCCGCCUAUUCAUGGCCUCCGUGCUGUCGUCCAAACCCUGGAUCCGCGACACGCAAUGUCUUCCCAUCCCAUGGCGGAUCGAAGAGGAACACCUCCCUCCCGUCCUCUGUUUCGGCUUCGCCACCUGCGACGGAGACGCCGCUCCCACUCCCCCCCACCGCCGCGCAAUGGACCUCGUGCGAAAGAAAUUGACCGCCGCGGGCCACGUCUGCAUCGACUUCACGCCGGUCGAAAUGCCCGCUGCUCGAGACGUGAUAGACGCCUUCUUCAACGCCGACGGCGGAGCCGAGUUCCGCUCCGAUUUAUCCGCCAGCAACGAGCCCUUCCCCGCAUGGCUCAGCUCGCCGACCAAACGACCCGCUCUGACCGUCUCGGAAACCUGGGAAGCGCAAGCGGAACGCGACCGAGUCGCAGAAGACUGGCUCGAUCGGUGGAACGCGACGGAGAUCGUAUCCAGUACCGGCAGACCGAUGGACGCGCUGAUCAGCCCGGGAUUCCACUUCCCUGCGAUCCGACAUGGAUGCGCGAAAGCGUCGAAUUAUGCGGCGAUCGGGGCGGUGCUGGAUUUGAGCACGGGCGUGUUUCCGGUGACGAAGGUCUGUCCGGAGAGGGAUCGAGUUGACCAUCGCGAUGAUGAUUGGACGCCGAUGUUCGAUGGCGAUGGGGAGGUCAUGGAGAACUACGGCGGACCGGAAGAGUACAAGGAUGCGCCGGUGGGACUGCAGAUUAUGGGGAGGAGAUUGGAGGAGGAGAAGGUCACGGCCAUGAUGGGACUGAUUAGCGAUGUUGUUGGGGUCGACUAUUGA